AUGGCCGGUCACACAUAUCCCGCUGUCAAGCUUCCCCAUCCCUUCCUCACCGCCUACCAAGUGCGCGCCGUCGACGACGCAACUCCAACAAAGCGUGCAUUGAUCUUGCAAGAUCAGCCUAAAGCUGGCAAACCGUUGUCUGAACCACUACACCUCGAACCACUCUCAUGGCGUGACCUGACAUUCCGCCCCGAAGCGGAGCAACCACCCUCCAACAACAACACCGCCUGGGGUCGAGCCCGCCGCAGCCCCGAGACCAUCUUCCAAUGGACCGAGAAGACCCCCUCUCUGGGCCAGAUCUGGAACGUCGUCCAUGCGAUCUACCUGGCAUACCCCACAAAUGAAUACUUCCGCGUGACUCUUGACGGCACAGGCAAGGAGACUCUACGGAGUGAGCUGCUGGCGACCGGACUGGCCGUUCAGCACCCCAAGCCAUUCGGUUCCAAGGAGAUCGCUCCAGAGCAAGCAGAUGAACUGCUGAUCUUGCGAAGCUCUUUCUGGCAAGGCGCCGCUUCUCCAGCGGGCCCACGCGCGAUCUGGGCUGCUGGCGACGGAAUUGACACUCCCGCGCGCGAAUCCUUGGCUCGGUACCCCCUCAUGCCGGAGAACUAUCAAAUCACAAACAAGUUCCCUGAAGAGCCAGUUUACACCCGCCACCCGGUUCGUCGGCCUAAGCCCGCUCCCGGCUCCAUUGCGUACAGUCGUUACAUCCCCGAGAUUGAUGAGCACUUCUCUUUGGAGGUUGUGAACUGGGAAGAUGCGGAGCACUUGAAGCUCUUCAACACUUGGCAGAAUGAUCCCCGUGUGGCCAAGGGCUGGAAUGAGACCGGUACCUUGGAUCAGCACCGGGAGUACCUGCGCAAGCUGCAUGUUGACCCGCACGUUCUGUGCUUGUUUGGCCGGUUCAACGAGACCCGGUUCUCGUACUAUGAAUUGUACUGGGCGAAGGAGGAUCACUAUGGUGCUCACUACAAUGCUGGCGACUACGACCGCGGCCGCCACUCGCUUGUUGGUGAUGCUUCUUUCCGUGGUUCUCAGCGCGUGAACGCUUGGUACUCCAGCUGCAUUCACUACUGCUUCCUUGACGAUCCACGCACAGCAAAUGUUGUGGGCGAGCCCCGCGCCACAGGCUCGAUCAUCUUGUCCUAUGAGAAUGCACAGGGUCUUACUAUCGGCUCGUACGUUGAUUUGGGACACAAGCGAUCCGUGCACUCAAUCGCCAGCCGGGAAAAAUGGUUCCAGCUCUGCCCCAUCUUCUGGGAUGGGCGGGAGCGCCCGUUGGAGUCUGCUGAUCGCGCGGCUUGGAAUGCAAAGCUAUAA